UAAUAGAAAAUAAUUUCUGUAAAAAAUGAAGAUAUGUGGACCUAAGUACGCCCUGUGCGGCUUGAUAUUGUCUGUUUGGGGUAUAUUUCAAUUGCUCCUGAUGGGAAUAUUCUUCUAUACCAAAAGUGUAGCUUUAGUUGAAGAUCUUCCAUUAGAAGGAAUAUUUAAGUCAUCGACAGAUUUUUAUACUGCAGCAGAUAGAGGAUAUAAGCAAAAUGCAUAUAAUUGUUGGAUUGCAGCUUGUAUUUAUGUCCUUACAUUCCUAUUUUCUGGACAUCAAUUUUACAUAUUGGUACUUGUUUUAUUGUAUUUUAAUGUUAGGAAUUAG